AAAUCCUCCGUCGCCAAAAACUCAAAAAGAGAGAGCCUUCCGAAGGAAGCUAACUCGCCAGUUCAUACAGUGCCUCGAGGGCAUUUAUGUAAUUGCAACAGUUGCGACUCUGUUAUCUGUUCUAUAACACCCAAAUCCAUUAUUAUUAUUCCCCCCCAAAAAGCCCGAAAAUUCAGUUCCUCACACACUUUCCCCGCCAUUUGCCUUCUCAAUUUCUCUUCCCAAUCUGUCCCUCUAGGGCUCCAAAACGUUCUUCAUCUCCCUCACUCUGCAACCAAAACCCUAAUUCCCGCCAAAAUACCCCUGGAUUUCAGCUUAAUUACAACCCCUGCCACUCCACCUCGUUCUCGAUACAUGCCCUUGCAGUGCCAAUCGCGAACUCACCGGUUAAGCAAUCGAUGAGUUAUCCAGUCACUUCCAGUUCGAGCUCCGGCUCGGCUCACUGGGGCAUCAGCCUCUCGAACACAGUGCACUCGGAAGUCGCUCCAUGCUUGCCUUUGCCUUCGCUUCCGGUGUUCUGCGGCGCAUCUGAUCAGGACCUACGGCUGUUCGACGAGCCGAUUCGAAACAGUGCGUGGUUGAAUCACCCUGACGCAGCUCUUUCCAGUAGGAUUGCUGAUCUGCUUCGAGAAACUGACGUCUCUUACUUGAACCUUCGAGAAGAUUCUAGCUUAGUUCCAUAUGGUUAUAUCGAACCUUUAAAACUUCAUGAUGAAGUUCUUCAGUACAAUCCAGAAGCAUUUGAGUACAAUAGUCCAGUUUCUCAGGUCCUAUUAAGGGGCAAAUGCCUGGCAGUAGUACAGUACCUGACAAGAAGCCCUUCAAGCCCAGUGUACCUAUAACCAGACAUGCUCAAAGAGACUAUGGUGCAACUAACAAUAAUCAGCUCAACGAUAUUCCUCCUAAUGACGUAUCUACACCAUCUUCUAGAAAACCGAAAGCCAAGAAAAAAGAUAGUGAUGUUGUUAUGUCAUCAGUCGGACCAGAUCAGACUGCAAUUCAAG